AACACUUGGUCACUCAGCAGCUUGCUCUCGGCAUGCAGCUCGCAUAUCUCAUCCUCACCGUCUUCCUGGGACAGCUCCUGGGCACCACGGGGCAGGACACGGUCACCCAGGAACAUGGACCAGUCUUGGUGAAGCAGGGACACCACUUCCACACCAUAUGCAAAUACCACACCAGUUAUUUUACUGGCUUGCUGUGGUACCAGCUGAGGAAAGGCGAAGCCCCAGAGCUCAUCUCCUAUCAAGCAGGGGCUGGCCCCAAGCGCAGCGGCCGUUUCACCACGCAGCUGAACACCACGGGCAAAUCCAGUGUCCUGCAGCUGGAGGAAGUGGAGCUCUCUGACUCUGCCUUGUACCUCUGUGCUCUGCAAGACACCCUGGUGCAGGGAGCUUCCUCAGCUGUGCAACAACCCCGGGCAGGGAGGGGAUUAGAUGCAGUCAGAGCCCAGGUACAGCAGGAGCCAUUCCUGGAGACCACCGAGGGCACCAGCAUCAACAUCACCUGCUCACAUCCCAAAAUCCAGACCGGUUAUUGGAUCCAGUGGUACCGUCAGCUCCCUGGCCAAGGACCCGAACUCCUCGCACUCACUAUGAAAGAGACCAAAGAGCUGCCGGGUGGUGCAGGACAGCUGUCGGUGUCGGCAGAUCGGAGUUCGAGCUCGCUGUGGCUCGCUGAGCCCCGGCGCGGGGACGCGGCCGUGUAUUACUGCGCGCUGGGGGCCCGGGCAGAGGAGCCGGGGCUGCGGCCGGGCACGAACCGCGGCGGG